GAAAUGUGCUCGCUCCGCCCAGCCAGGGAUGGAGCCGCUGGCUGUCUGAUCAAGCACAGGGAAGCAAGGAAUUUGGAGCGCGGUACGGAGUGGCUGACUCUAACUACACGGCGCGGCUGCCUGUACUAGAGCCAUACGUUCGGGGAAGACUUUCCGUAGAAACUGUAAACAUUACAUGCUGGGUUUUUUUUUUUCCACUGAAGCUAUACACACGAGUUUGGACGGCACAACAAGCAAAGGCAUCUGAUCUGAAGCCCGCUCACUGGAUUGAAUGGAACUAUGGAGACUGUUUCGCUAACGUGACAACUUAACACAUCCUUCUACCUCGACUAACGUUUGUCAGGUAGCUAGCUAGCCAGCGAGUUAAGUCCUUCUUUGCAGAUGUCUUCGUUUUCUUUGAUUUUUGGAGUGGUAACGCAGUCUGUUUGAGGUCAGACAGGGUUUCGUGUGAUGCAGAUGCAUUUUCGACUGGAUUCGGCGGGUCUAUGUAAUCUUCACAAGAGAAUGCAAUGUGUUUUCCAGAGGUCAACUAAGUUGUCUAGCUAGUACUAACACUAGUUAGUUGGCUAGCUAGCUGGCUAGCCAAUGAACUUGCUAAGUACGCUAACCGAGGAAUACGUGUAUGCGAAUUAUCGAUUUGUUUUUUCCCUCGAGCCCUUUUUUGUUGUUCCCGCAUUUGAGACUUUUUCCUUCCCAUAUUGUUGUUUUUCCCUCCCCACGGUUCUUUAGCGUGGCACAUCUGGCAUUACGCUCGCCUGUGAAAUUGAAUCAGGCAACACGCAUACUUCUGUAACUUGGAUUAAAACAUUUUAAACUCCAACAAACUCAGAAAGCCUUGUGGCUUAGGAUAUUGGGGAAAAUGGAUGCUGGGAUCGAGAAGGAAUGCAGCGCGCUCGGAGGGCUCUUUCAGAUCAUCAUGAACGAUAUGAAGGCCAGCUACCCUGCGUGGGAGGACUUUGUCUCCAAAGGAGCCAAGCUGCAGUCCCAAUUGAGGACGACAAUCAUUGUCACAAGCUCUUUCUUGGAUGCCUUCCAGAAGGUGGCUGACAUGGCAACAAGUACCAGAGGUGCCACUAAAGAGAUUGGCUCUGCGCUGACCCGGAUGUGCAUGAGGCAUCGGAGCAUCGAGACCAAGAUGAAGCUGUUCACCACGGCGCUGCUGGAUAACCUGAUCAGCCCCCUGGAGCUCAAGCUCGAGGAAUGGAAGAAGACGGCCAGUCAGCUGGAUAAAGACCACGCCAAAGAGUACAAGAAGGCCCGCGCUGACAUCAAAAAGAAGUCCUCGGACACCAUUAAACUGCAGAAGAAGGUCAAGAAAGGUAAGGACGAGGUGCGUGGGCAGCUGGACAGCGCUCUGCAGGACGUGAACACGCGCUACGCCGUGCUGGAGGAGACGGAGAAGAGGGCCGUGUGCAGAGCGCUCAUCGAGGAGCGCGGACGAUUCUGCUCCUUCGUCGGCAUGCUCAAACCCGUGCUGGAUGAGGAGAUCGGCAUGCUGGGAGAGGUGACCCACCUGCAGACCAUCCUGGAGGACUUGUCACACCUGACCGCCGAGCCACACAAACUACCGCCCGCCAGCGAACAGGUUAUUCUGGACCUGAAGGGAUCCGAUUACAACUACACGUACCAGACUCCGCCUGCGUCGCCUAGCAACACCCUAUCACGCAAGAGCAGCAUCAGCAGUAACUACCAGUCUACCUCCGUGAGGCAUGUCCCAUCUCUGGACUCCAUCUCCAGCGCAGUGGACGGCAUUCACCUGCGCCCUCCUGACAUGACACAGGAGCUCGGAGGAGGCCAGUGGGGUGGUCCGGGGGGCCCUGAGAACGGCACCGCCAUGCCCCCUCCGCACAACGCCUACAGCGGGCACGGGGAGAGGGGACGCGCUCUCUCCACCUCCUCCGCUAAGCCCCAGUCUGCGCGCGAGCAGCUGGCCCUGACGCUGGGGGGCGGUGGCCUAAACUCGGAGGCUCCGCGCACCAGCCGUGACUCUCUGCACUGCUCCAGCGGCUACAGCACCCAGACCACCACCCCCUCCUGCUCCGAGGACACCAUCCCCUCCCACGCCUUAAGGAAAGAGCCUCCUCCUCACGAUGUUGUCAGACCUCAGUGCACCGUCAAACAGCUUCCUGGAGCAAGCCAGAUCAGGCUGAGGUCGUCAUGGUAA